AGAUUUUGAAUGGUAUUUCAUUGACUGUAAGCGUUCACUUGAGGUAGUAAUGAUUGACAUCAAUUCUACAAAUUUAGGAAAUACCUAUUUUAAGUGUUUCGUCAAUGAUGUGCCUGGGAAUUUAGAAGAUUCUUCAGUGUGUAACACAGAAACUACCACUCUUCCAGGAAAAGUAUAUCUAAGAAGAACACGAGGUCGUUUUUUUACAUUUGCAAUGAAGGCAAACAUAACAGGCGACGUGUCAUUUCAGGUGUAUGUACCGAAUAUAGAAGCACAAAAUGGUGAGCCAUGCUUUGAAAGUAUUUUAAUAGACGACAAACAGGGACCAAACACUCAGAUCACUGUUUCUUCUGGAACCACAACACAAAUAUCUACAAAUACAAACACUAUUUUGACUGGUUGGAUUCAUGAUGCUCUAGAUCUGACACCUUGGAUUUUGAUCGAUUUGAUUGCUGCAACAAAAAUAGAAGGAGUUGGUGUUUACGUUUCCCAAACAUGUGACAUGUGGACGACUUUCAAUUUAUAUUUCGGCAACAAUAUGGAUACAUUACAGUUGUACAAGGAUAUGGAAUUUGAAAUAUUUCCACCAGAAAACUGGUGGAAUAUAGAUCAAGUGUUCAUUCUUCCGAGACCAAUCAAUGGGAGAUACGCAAAAUUCAAACAUUCACUUGUAAAGCCAACAGGCCAAUCCAGAUGUCUUAAUUUCAAAUUGUUCGGCUGUAAAAUGACACGUAUAAUUGACAUCAACAGCGACAAAUCAUCUGAAAUGCUGCCUCUUGAACAUGAAUUGCAGUCUGGAGUUUCCACUUUCUUAAAAACAAAUCGUACGAGAUGUAUCGAACUCUGCAGUUCUCAGAACAGUUGUAGUGUUGCUAGUUUUAAUAGUUCGUAUGACAAACUAAAUGGAUCGGAUAACGAACAUCACGAACCACCGGAACAAAUCGGAAAUUGUUAUCACUACUUGUAUAGUCCGCUUGGAUUAUGGAAAAUUAAGACUAUAACCGAUGAUGUGCAUUGGUUUGCCAAAAUACGAAACAUUGUACAUAUGAUGUCGUUCCCGAGGGCUAAACGCAAAAAUGGAUUGUUUUUUGGUCACGUACAAUACGUAGACACAGACUCCAUUAUAACGUCAUUGAGUUACCCUUUCAGGACAAUUUUGGAGAGUGAUCUACAGUGGAUUGUAAACUUCGAACCACAUCAAUUUGCCAAAUUGGUUUUCACAAACGUCUUUUUAUCAGAGUGUGCACUCGUUGUUAAAACAUCGCAAAUGGAUAACAAUGAAUUUAUCAUUGAUGAGAAUUUCAACAACGAAGUAUUUGUAAUAGAAACAAACACAGGUUUGUUGUUUAUAACAACUUCUCUAACAAGAGUAUGGCCACCAGCAAUCAAAUUCCGGGCAAUCAUAACUGCUGAAGAAACCGCAGCCUGUCUUUCAAUCGAUUCACUUAGUCAUUCAAAAAGAACUAAACAACGACAUGAAAUUUGCACUGAGCCAACAAUGAUCCUUACAACUCUUUCGGCUUUAAAUCUCUGUCGAGAUUGUGAAGAAAAGUUCACAAUUCAAGCCGGGAAACAUCAAAGCAUUGAUAUUACCUUCAUAUAUUGGGACUCAACGCGGGACUGUGUGUCCGAAUUAUAUUCCGAUGACGUUAUAUUAACAUCAGAAGUCGUCAUCAAGGAUGGUGAUGAUGUGGUAGAAACAUAUUGUUUUCAACCAGAGAAAUACAAAUCAAAAGGGUCUAUGAUUCAUAUUCAGAUUCUGGAUACACCUCUGCCGAAUAGGGUAAUUAAAGGAUUUAGGUUACAGUAUAAAAUAUCAAAGCAUUCUCUUCAAAGAUAUACUACUACACAUACUACUAAGUAUGAUAGAAAGUCAGGUAUGUUAGUUAAAUCAAAUAUGCUUAAAUAAAGAGAGUAUCGUUUAAUCUAUACAACAACAUGGUUAAUUAUCACUUCUUACAUUUUUGAUGACAGAUAUGUUCAAAGGGAAAUAUUUGAUUUGAACGAACUUCAUUAUUUACGUAGUUCAAAGCAAAGUUAAAAUUUAAAAAGUGAUCAAAUGAUUUAAACUUUUAUUUAAAACUCUACCUCAAUUAUUGUUCUAAUAGUAAACUUUUUUCAUAUUUCUUUGAACUUUUUUCAUAUUUCUUUAAAAAAAUCAUUCAUCAGUGUCGUUUGUAUAACAGUGAUGAAAAACUUUUUUUGGUAUUGCAUAUCAGUUCUAAAAAACAAUAAAUUAUGUUUAAUUGAACAUGUUUUUUCCCAAACUUAAGCUUGUUCAUGGUUUUUCCGAAAAUGCUACACGGUAUUCUUUGAAAAGGUAUCCUGGGAUAUUGCAAACACUAAAUGCCGUAAUGACAAUGAACAUCUUGUGACUAUUGCAUCAAAAAAAGAAAUGAAUUACGUCCAAUACUUACUUCGAAGUUUGUUGUAUAUGCAAGAAGAAGACGAUGAUAAACGAACAC